AUGCAGAGGAAGUCGAUGAGAGGAUCCCCGACCAGUGUUUACCUCACAGCGAUGGCCGUCGCAGACGCGGGCACCGUAUACGCAGUAUUUCUGCCAAAAGUUGCAUUCCCCGAUGCAGAGACGACAUACGAUUGGGUGUGCAAAAUGAAUGUGUUUUUCCUGUUCGGAUUCGGUGAUGUUGCCGUUUGGAUUUUAGCCGCGACAACUGUUGACCGGUUUAUUGCCGUUGUGUUGCCUUUGAAGGCGAAGCAUCUUUGUACGGUUGUGCGUUCCUGCAUUGUGGUCUUUUUAAUCAUAGUUGUCGCCAUUGUGAAAAAUGUUCAUUUGUGGUACACGCGAGGGAUUUCUUAUACGCCAGCAGACGUCAACGCAAAUGUGACGUCAUCAGCGGGAAGUAACGCAACAGUCAGCGCAUCUUGUUGGUACUUGCCUGAUCACUCACAUUUCGAAACAUACAUCCGCCCGUGGAUUGGGAUUACUUUUUACGCGCUCAUACCAAUGGGUGUCAUAUUCUGUUGUAAUAUUACAAUAAUUUGGAAGUUGCGGAAAAUGUCGAAAAUCCGGCAGACGAAUUCUAAGACGCCUGGCGACAGUGGCGGGAAAAUUAAACCGAACAGUAUGACGGCCAUGUUGUUGGCCAUCUCACUCAUGUUCAUGUUCAUGGUCACCCCCGCCAUUGGCAUUUACGUAGCCGCGAAUUUCUGGGCGAAGGAUGAGCAUAGCACGGCAAAACUUAUCAUGGCGUUCGCGAUUACGGACAUCCUUGUCGGGAUUAACCACAGCACGAACUUCAUCCUGUACGUCAUCGCGGGGAGGAGGUUCAGGCGGGAGUUGCUGUUGAUGUGCGCGUGCCGCAAGGACCUGGUAUACCCGCAAAGCAUGGACCAGUCCGUCGAUGGUUGA